CAGUGUGUCAAGAACGGCUUAACAAUUGGUAUGAAACACGUCAGACAGCAUUUGACCCAAUUUGAUACAAAAAUAUGAUAAACUAUGCCUGUCUUUAGAGCUACAGCUCUCGUCAGAAAUUCUGGGAUACAAAAAAUGAUAAACAAUGCCUGCCUAACUACAGCUCUCGUCAGAAAUUCUGGAAUACACAAAAUUGUGAGAUAAGAUCAUUCUAAUUUUGGACCCAGAUGGCAUAACAGCAAAGACAGGCCCAGAGGGCAUAAUGUUCAACAAAAGCAGGACCAGAGGGCAUUACAACAAAGACAGUUUAUAAAGAUUGCAGCUUUAACUACAAACUACAUGUAGCAGGAAACAAGUACAUAUGAUUUGCCUGGUGUAUACGAAAGAAAUAUAAGAGAAAACAUUCAGUGAAUGUAAAUACAAAAGUACAUUGACAUCAUCAGUAUUAUACAAACAUAUGAAUAAUAAACUAGGUGCACUUUUGCAGUUUUUAUUACAUUACCUCUUUUUCUGAAAAGUUUUUAACUAGAUAUUGACCCAGUUAGAUAAUUACUGGUUUGUCUUCAUAUCUUGUUGAGCUGGGACACAUCAUUAAAAAAAAAACAUUCCUCGCCUCAACAUAGAUUGGGUAAUCAGAGAGGAAGUGUAGUUUUCUUUAGAACUUAAGAUACAUAAUUCACAUAUUCUUGAGAUCUGCUAUGUAUGUCGCCUACAUGUGCGUUAUUGUAAACUUCUGACUCCAUCCAUACAGAGCCACAUAUACAGGCUACAUUGAUUAAACAUGGUGUUUGUAUCCAGACAGACAGACCGACAAACACUGGCCAAAUUUAUUAGCCUGUGUCUGCCAUCCCGACAGAAACCCACCGACCACAUUAAUUAACCUGUGUCUGUCAUCCAGACAACCACCGACCACAUUAAUUAACCUGUGUCUGUCAUUCAUUCAGACAACCACCGAUCACAUUAAUUAACCUGUGUCUGUCAUCCAGACAACCACCGACCACAUUAAUUAACCUGUGUCGGCCACCCAUCCAGAAAACUAUCGGCCAACUAAUUAAACCGCGCCAUCCAUCCAAACAAACCGGUCACAUUAAUUAACCUAUGACAUUCAUCCAGACAGACAGACCGACAAACAAAGGCCACACUAUUUACCCUGCGUCCGCCAUCAACUGUGUUUGUAUCCAGACAGACAAUCAGAUCGACAGACACCAGCUAAGUACUAACCUGCUUCCGCCAUCGAUUGUGACUGCAUUCGCUGGGACAAAAAGAAAAAGAAAAGACCGACAGAGGAGCGGAUCCAGAUUUUUGUCAGUGGGGUGUAAGCGACCGAAUUAAUUACAAAAACGUAACUCAUUAUAACUACUUUGUCUAGAAACGCGAAAAAUCGGUAGUGUUAGCAAAGCUUACCCCGCCAUUAUUCAACUGUAUAUAGGGGCAGUGAAAUGUUAAUGUUACAAAAACUAGUUUUUCCUUAUUUCUCUGAGAGACUACAGUAAAAACUAAUAUUUCCUUAUUUCUCUGAGAUACUACCCUAGUCAACUUGACAAGGUAAAAUUGUCAGGUUGACUGUCCACUCAAUAAAGUUCUAUGCAGUUAGUCAAUUGGACUAGGAUUCUUUGUCAAUGGUACUAACUGGCUCAGUCAAAUUGACUUCAUCUAAUAUAUCAAUAUGAACUUUGUACAUUGUCAAGUUGACUUUAAUGAAUAGUAAAUUUGAUGCACGUCUUCGUCUUUUAAAGGACUAACGAUCUUAGUCAAACUUAAUGAUUUACUCGUCACAUUGACUAUUCCCGAUUCGUCAAGUGCACUAAUGGCAUCGUCCAUUUGAUGUAACACUGUCGUGCUUAAUUUACAGUGUAAAUCCUUGCAGAAAAUUACUUGAAAAAAAUGACAUUUUGUUGUGUUAGUUCCCUUCACAUUAUCUUCAAGUAAAUGACAAAUCUUGGAAAGAAUAUAUCAAUUCAAGGAUUGUGAUAUAUGACUGGACACAAGCAAAGACUGACAAAAAAAUAACGAAACAGGAAAAACUUAAAUUCCCCAAAAUCAAUUCAAAUUUAUUUGUUUUUCUAAACAUUUAGGCUACAGUUUCCUCAUGUAAAGAACACACUGCAUAAAAUGAACAGAAAUUUCAAUUAUUCUGUAGCCUACGUGUAUGUAUUAGUGGCGGAUCCAGAUAAGGAUGGGGGUUCUGGGGUAGGACCCCCCCCCUCCUCAAAAAAUAACAAGUAGCUAUAUUUUAAACGGUAUAUUCCAAGUUGGACUGCAACGGAUAACAGAUACAUUAUAAAAUCCAACGUAAUGAAGGAAAAUUGCAUGGACUUAUUUUUUCAAAGUUUCUGUGAAGUCAGGUAAACGAUUUAUGUAUUAUAAAACAGAACAAUAUUCUGGCUUUCAACUGGAAAAACUUUUUAUGCAUUAUCACGAUUAAUACCGAAUAAAAUGGGUAUCUGACACCAACACGUGAUAUCUUCUGAAAGGCAUUGGUGAUCAUUAAAUACUUGUGAUAAAUCUGAAGCCGUGUAUUUGAAUUCCAUAACGAUUGUAUGAAACUUAAUAAAAUAAAAAUCUACCAGUUAUUAUUAAAUAUAUUAUUAUUAGGCCUAUAUAAAUAUUUUGUGUGCGUUAACUUUUCUUAGAUAAUUAGCUAUGAACAGGAAUUCCAUUCACCAAUAAUUUUUUUUUCACAGCAUGCAAUUUAUUGAUACAUGUACAUGUAUAUAUUUUGAAAGGAAAUUGGAUCUAUCUAUACCUCUCCUCAUUUGCAUUUUCCUGUAUUAUAGUACUACUUUAUAGGUGGUAUAUUUCGAAAAUUUUCACUGCUGUACAGAAAUUUAUAUUGAACUGAAGCAGAUUCUCGUGAUAAUAAUCAUAUUAAUAGUAUUUAUUCUGUAUAUGCAUGUUUUAAACGAUUGUUAUUAAUUAAUAUAAUCUUAGGUGAGAACCACAGGCACUUGUUUCUGUAAAUAACUUACGACCUCUGUAUACUAAUAAUAACACGAGUUAAUUAUUAGUAUACAGAGGUCGUAAGUUAUUUACAGAAACAAGUGUCUGUGGUGAGAACUUUGUGCCUAUGGUAUAAGUUGUUAGAACUUGUGUUCGACAUUUUGUAUACUAUAUAUAUAUAUAUGCAAUAGAAUAUAUUUAAGCCAAAGUGGAAUGAAAUUGAGUUAAUAAACUAUAUAAUUUAUCAAAAUCCCAUGUUUUCAAAUAGUUCGUCCUGGAAAAUGUUCCCACCCGCACAGCGAUAGAGGUUUUCAAGGGAGUCCGCGUUGAGUAUCCGGCCCGAUAGAACGAUUCGACUUGAUUUCCAACCAGCCCAGAGUGCUCUGUGUGCUAUACGGUGCAAAAAGAAAGACAACUCUGUGUUUAGAACUUCUACUUUCGUUUUCACAAUAAUGAAGUCAUGCUUCAAAGAUGGCAGUACAUUUUUUCAAUGACACAUGGUUUUACAGACUUUUCUUCAAACUCCAGUUAUCGGAAUGUGAUCAUGUUGGUAAUCCAGUGGAAAAUAACCCGGAUGUUGAUUCCGAAUGGACAAGGCUUGGAGUGGAGUUGUCCUCGUGGGUAAGAAGGAACGUAGAUUAUCUUUAUCCGGAGACAACGAAAGACGUUUCCGAAUGUUCACAGAUCACAAGUUAUCAAGGCAAUGUGGAAAUAAACAGAGGAAUAAUUUUCCUGUGGGUGUGUAUAAUUUUUGUAACAGUAGUGGUUCCAUUGCUUGUCGCCAAGUUUCUUGAUUUCUGCGAAGGUAAGCAGUUACAGUCAGCGCCAGACGAAUCCAGCACUAACGACGAGUCAGAGGACCCGCGCGAGAAUCAAAACACCAUCACUGCUGUAGGCAAACCCGCGCCAAAGGAGACCAUACCCCUGUAUUCCAUUUCAUUCUACGCUGGUCGUACAUUUAAUCCCAGCUGCGACGUUCCAUCUUUCCUAAAACGGACCAUCGACUGCCUGUUUCAAGAGCUAGAUAAACACUUGAUAGACAAGACUCCACCUCCACACGACGGUCCUCUACAUAGUACCGUGACGUCGUCUGUUCGUCUUCCACGGCGACCAAUUCUCAGAGCCACGGGAAGACGGAGUAGUUCCCCUUCACUUCCCUCGCAAGACCCCCGGGGGGACGACCCUACUGAGACGAUCGCCUUUAGGGAAUUUCAAAAGGACAUUGUCUACAAUAAUACGUACACGCACUUGAUCAAUGUACCGGAUUCCGUCCAGCAGUCACUGAACGGAAAGAAUAAAAGACUUAUGGACUUCUUCAUUAAUUCCUGCUUAGUGAAUUUUGAAGAGUUAUGUGUGUCAAAUUUCAUUGUGAAGUAUGCCCUCCAUCUUUUAGAGAAAGUUCUUAGAACAAUGAGUCCAUAUCAUGGUCUUAGGUUUGUCCAGUGUUCUCCAACAGGAAGUAUGCUGAAAGGAAUAAAAGUCAGCGCUGCGAAUCAAUUCGACUUUUCCUUUGUAUUCCAGUGCACUGAGUUUGAACUGUCAUCGGCUAUCGAUCAUGGUAUCAACCCCGAAAUCCCGCCCGGUAAACUUGUACUAAAUGUUGUUGAAAACGAAGAUCAUGAAGUACCAUCGAGGCUUCUGAAACAAUUUCAGGAAAAGAAAUGUAUCUCUCCUCAAGAAUUCUUGAAUUCCGUUUGUGAACUGACCGACAUUGCUUUACAGAAACUAUACAAGGAGGGCAGACCAGUGAUUGACAGAUUACCAUUCCGGAUUCAACGGGCCACGUCUCCAGGUCUACAGUUGUCUCUGGAUACUAGGAAUGUCGUGGGGUUCCAUAACCCCGACAUCAGAAUACAACUAAUUCCCUCCCUGUUAUUGAGCUGCAACAAGUGGAUCGACCCCAAUCACCUGUACGCCGUACCCUCUUGGUCAAAUGUAGACAUCAAACGCAAGAUGGCGCCUCGAAAUCGGUAUACCACACAACCAAUACAAGCCACGCCUCACGAUUUGUUCUGGAAUAUGUCGUUUGGCGAAUUAGAGCAUUUCUUUUUGAACAAGAUGGACCAGAAAUGCCAUUAUCGUGGCAUGUUUGGGUGCCAUAAAAUUGUUAUCCAGAUUUUGAAAUUUUUGUUUGCAUCGCAGUCUAGAAAGACCUUACUGAGCAGGGGAGAGGUAACCUCCUAUAUGAUAGAAACUGUGGUCAGUUACAUGAUGGUGGAAAGUAGGACCAAUCAGUGGGGAAUGGACCAACUGUCCGAUCGUGUAUCAGACGCCAUACUCUUCCUGAAAAGAGCUCUUCAUAAUGGACGGCUGCCCAACUUCUAUGUUAAUAAUCCCCAUCUGGCUGACGAGUCGGAGUUCUUUAAGCAAAUUAAGCUUUUGUCUCCCGGAAGACAGGAAAAUUUACUGGGCGACAUUAGCCCAGACACAGUCAGUAAAAUGCUGAACUUUAUAGACAGCAGGUUAGCGGAAUAUAAUCUUAAAGAUUGUGUAACCUCAGAAUACUCCGAGGACAUGUGGGAAUAUGAGUAUUUUGUUUAUUUGUAACAUAUGUACAGGUAAUUGUCACUUUCUAGUUUUGUCAUACAAUCAACUGUUUAUUAUUAUUAUUAUUAUUUUUGCAUGCGAUCUGUUAUUUGUUGCAUUUCUUGCCUCUGUCUUCACGUUUUUCUUCUAGACUGUGAUUUUAUUUUGUGAUAUGCACCCAGCAGAACAUUGAUGCAGCGUACAUUUUCAACAUUUAAACAACGUUGAAAUUGGGUUGAAUAUUGAAAAGCGAAUUGCCUUUAAAAUUCUUAUGUUGAUAUUUCGACUUCGAAUUAAUAUCAACGUUGAUAGCAGGUUAGGUUCCAAGACUUUCACUUGCGUAACACUUGGGAGUGUAUCGUAUAUAUGAAAUAUCGUAUGUAAAAUGUGCGAUACUCAGAAAUACAUUGAUGUGCUUUUUAAUGACUCAUAAAAGAGGAAGAAAAAUCUAUACACCAAACGUUUUAAGAAUCGUUCAGUUAACAUAAUACAACAAUUAAUGAUGUUAAAUUCACUAUUUUUUUCAACAUUUGCCAAAUGACACAGAGAAGUACAAACGAAAAAUAGUUUUGAAUCGACGUUGAAAUAUCAAUAAUAGUCUAGCGCGGAAUCUAUGUUGAAUUUCUUUGGGUUUUUUUUUCAUUAGAAUAAAUUUGCAGUUAAAUUUAAGAUGUAGCAAUUCCAACCCUGUUUCAACAUUUAAAGUUCGACGUUGAACAAAAGUUACAUUUUCAACAUAGAAAAAUUGCCUUUUCAAUGUUCCCAAAAUGUUGCGCCCUGUAAUUUUGUUCCAGUGUUAAGUAUUUGUUGUCAUUUUGAAUGAACAUGGAAUUGUGGGUGUUUUUAAAAUCCCGCUUCCGACAUUUUCAACGUUACAUGAGCCUACUGGAUACAGGUUUGAUGUUAUUCUGUAAAGCUGCAUUGUGCUUAUGAAGAUUUGUUGAUUUAAGUGAGACUUGUUCUCUCGUUGUGCAAUAUUUUGUAAACUUUAUUGGGGUUUAUUUGUAUUUGUGUACAAACAGCACAUUAAAACGUGUUUCCAGC